AUGGAGAUCAUAUUUGGCAGAAAUAAGAAAGAGCACCAGGAGCCCGUGAGGGCCCGAGUGACAGGCAAGAUUCCAACAUGGCUGCAGGGAACCCUGCUUCGGAAUGGGCCUGGGAUGCACACGGUGGGGGAGACCAGGUACAACCACUGGUUUGAUGGCCUGGCCUUGCUCCACAGCUUCACAAUUAGAGACAGUGAAGUCUAUUACAGGAGCAAAUACCUGAGAAGUGAUACCUACAACGCGAAUAUCGAGGCAAACAGGAUUGUGGUGUCAGAGUUCGGAACAAUGGCCUAUCCAGACCCCUGCAAGAACAUAUUUUCCAAAGCUUUCUCCUACUUGUCCCACACCAUCCCAGAUUUCACAGACAACUGCCUUAUUAACAUCAUGAAGUGUGGGGAAGACUUCUAUGCAACCACAGAGACCAAUUACAUCAGGAAAAUCAACCCACAGAGUCUGGAAACUCUGGAGAAGGUUGAUUAUCGUAAAUACGUAGCUGUAAAUCUGGCAACAUCACAUCCUCAUUAUGAUGCGGCUGGAAACGUUCUCAACAUGGGCACAUCCAUUGUGGACAAGGGGAAGACGAAAUAUGUGAUAUUUAAGAUCCCUGCCACAGUACCAGAGGACAAGAAGAAGGGCAAGAGCUGCUUGAGGCACACAGAGGUGUUCUGCUCCAUCCCCUCACACUCCCUGCUCUCCCCGAGCUACUACCACAGCUUUGGCAUCACCGAGAACUACAUUGUUUUCCUGGAGCAGCCCUUCAAGUUGGAUAUUCUCAAGAUGGCAACUGCGUACAUGCGCGGAGUGAGCUGGGCAUCAUGCAUGACCUUCCACAGGGAGGACAAGACUCACAUCCACAUCAUUGACCAGAGGACUAGGAAGCCCAUAGGGACCAAGUAUUACACGGACCCCAUGGUCGUCUUCCAUCACGUCAAUGCCUACGAGGAGGAUGGCUGCAUACUAUUUGACGUCAUCGCCUACAAGGACAGCAGCCUCUACCAGCUCUUCUACUUGGCCAACCUGAACCAGGACUUCGCAGAGAACUCCAAGCUCACCUCCACACCCACCCUCAAGAGGUUUGCAGUGCCCCUCCACGUGGACAAGAAUGCAGAAGUGGGCUCAAAUUUAAUCAAACUGGUGUCUACAACAGCAACAGCCCUGAAGGAAAAAGACGGCCAAGUCCACUGUCAGCCUGAAUUGCUUUACGAAGGCUUAGAGCUACCUCGGAUUAACUACGUUCACAACGGGAAACCAUACCGAUAUGUCUUUGCUGCUGAAGUUCAGUGGAGUCCAAUCCCGUCCAAGAUACUAAAAUACGACGUUCUCACCAAGUCAUCCCUAACGUGGGGAGAGGAGCACUGCUGGCCGGCGGAGCCCCUGUUCGUUCCCAGGCCGGGCGCCAAGGACGAGGAUGACGGAAUUAUCUUGUCAGCUAUUGUCUCUACCGAUCCCCAAAAACCACCAUUUCUGCUUAUUCUGGAUGCCCAAAGUUUUACAGAACUGGCUCGCGCCUCCGUGGAGGUGGACAUGCACCUGGAUCUGCACGGGUUAUUCAUCCCAGACGCACAAGAGCCGGUCCCUGCAGAGGAACUCUGGGCUGGGGCUCACAGUGGGUUCUCCAUCUCAGACACAACAGUGUCGGCCUCCACGGAUGAGCCCCAGGCUGGGCCUCAGAGUCAGUUACUCAUCCCUGACAGGAGUGGGCUGGUCCCCACAGAGGAACCCUGA